AUGUCAACACCACGAAAAUCAUAUAAAAAUCAUCUGAAGAGGUUUAAUCAUAAUAGUAAUAGUUCGUCCAAUAAUGAUUCGUCUUCAGAAUUAGCAAGUCUAGUCGAAAUGUUUCCAGACUGGGAAGCAGAAGAUUUGCAAUCUUUAUUGGCAGAAAAUAACAAUGGAUUAGAAUUUACUAUUGACUUGAUAGUGAACAACAAGGUGUCGAAAUGGGAACCAAUCAAGAAAGACAACAGGCAUAAAAAGAAGGAAAAAGAAGAGGAAGCUUCUAUAGCACCAUCGCAAGCUUUGAAUAAUGCUGGAAAUAACGAGCAUACUUCUAGAUCAAGCAAGUUCAAUAGCAAUAACGUACAGAAUAGCAAACCAAAAUUUGAUAAAUCCAGACAUAGCUCGCAAAAAAGAUCACACCCAUCACAGGCACAUUCUAAGAAAAAUCCAGCUUCUGAGAAUCUCUCAUCUGGUACAUCAUCUGCAUCAUCUGCUAUUCCUAUAGUAAACUCCUGGGCUGCUGCAUUAUCUAGCGAUAAAGCAAAACAGAAAGCAGCACCAGCUAAGGAAGAGUUUCAAGUUUUGGAUCAGCCUGAAGAUGAAUUGAAGGAAGUAUAUCCCGAAGAGUCAGAAAGCGUCCCUAUAGAACCUUCUCAACCAGAACCAGUUUUGAAAGAAGCGGAUGUGCCUCAGCCAAAGCAAGGUUCCUGGGCAACUGCAAUUGCACCUAAACCUAAAAUCAAAAGCGAAACAAAGAGCUCUAGUGAAACAGUUCAGGUCAUUCUCGAUGGAGACACUGCAUCAGAGCCAAUUCAGGAUCAAAUUGUAAAUGAAAUUGAAACUACGAAAACGGAAGUUGUGACCGUUGAACCUUCUCUUGUUUCUUCCGAACAAAAUGCUCAACCAGGUGUCAUAUUACCUCCAACUUCACAGCAAAUCAAUUCCAUUGGUGUUUCUUUUGGGUCUUUGGCUUUGGGUGACGAAGAACAAGAACUUAAAGCAGAGAAAGAAGACGAUGUUGUUCCAGUCGGUACUCAAGCAGAUCAACUGAUAUCUUCUCAAAAUUCACAACAUUCGCAACAACAACAACAACAACAACAGCAACAACAACAGCAACAACAACAACAGCAACAACAACAGCAGCAACAACAACAGCAACAACAACAACAAAGGCUCGGGAUCUAUAACAAUCAAAACCGUUACAAUCAACAUGUUUAUCAACAACAGCCUCAGCAGCAAUACAAUCAAGCUAAGCAGCCUCUGCAAUACGACUACUACAACCAAUUUCAACAAGCUCAACAAUAUCCUCAACAGUCUGCUCAGACUUUACCAGGUUCCCAAUUUGGUGGCUACCCAGGAAUCGAUUAUUCCAAUUAUAAUCCCGCCACCGGAAUCGCUUCACCAGCUGCUUCUGUUUCUACUACUGCUUAUGGACAAUACGCGCAGCCAACAUCACAACCUCAAGCAACUAAUGUCCAAGAAUCGAAUCAAUCGCCUGUGGUAAAUCAAACCACUUUGCAACAACAAGUUCCUACGGCACCUUUUGCCUAUCCAUAUUAUAAUUAUUAUUAUAAUACUCCAUUUUACGGUAAUGGAGCCGGGGUUGGAGGUGCUCAGAGCGGUUUCGCAAAUUCUUCUGGUGUUCAAACUGCUAAUGGACAGCCUGCCCCGCAAGCAAAUCCUACGGGUAAUGGUCUCGUAGGAGGUGCAUCCAACUCGAAUGCUUCUCAGUACUAUGGUCAGCCGAAUCAAUUUAACAACAGGUACCCUGGAUACAAUGGUUUUCCCCAACAAGGUCAACAACAAAAUCAGGCACAUCCUCCUUCUACAGGAAACUCUAAUGCUGAAUCUACGGAAACCUCUGGCAAUUCACAGGUUCAGCAAAACCAAAGUCAAUCUGCCCAACAGCAGCUACCACAGCAGCCAGUUAUUCCCCAGUAUGCUGGAUAUCAACAAUAUCCUCAGUACGGUGGCUACCAAGAUAACUCUCAAUACCGUGGUUGGUAUUAG